AUGGCGCCAUUCAUGGAAUCAAUUGCAGAAACGCCUCCAAAUGGGCAAUUGGGGUCAGCGGAUGCUCGGCCAACUGCUAUGGAGCCCAUUGCGAUUUGCGGCAUGGCGUUGAGACUACCUGGUGGCAUCGCAACUCCUGAAGAGUUCUGGCAAUUCCUAGUGAAAAAGAAAGAUGCCCGAUGCCAGAUUCCUAAAUCCAGGUUCAAUGCAUCCAGCUACUACUCUGAUACCGGAAAACCUGGUCACAUCAAGACCCAGCAUGGAUACUUCCUAGAUGACUCCGUCGAUCUUGGGGCGCUUGAUACUACGUUUUUCCGAAUGCCCAAAAACGAGGUUGAGAGAGCUGAUCCUCAGCAAAGGCUACUCCUCGAGCUGACUAGAGAGUGCCUGGAAAGUGCCGGUGAAGUUAAUUAUCGCGGCAAGACGAUUGGGACUUUUGUUGGGUGCUUUGGUGAAGACUGGCUCGAGACUUUGACCAAGGAUAGCGAAGUUGUUGGCCAGUACAAGAUUACCGGCUACGGAGACUUCAUGCUGUCUAAUCGGCUUUCCUAUGAGUACGACCUCAAAGGACCAAGUAUGACCAUCAGAACCGGCUGUUCCUCCGCCCUCAUUGGGCUUCACGAGGCCUGCAUGUCUAUCCAGCACGGUCAGUGCAAUGCCGCAAUCGUUGCAGGAUCCAAUCUCAUCUUGGCACCUGGGCUAUACGUUAGCAUGUCUGAGCAAGGAGUUCUCUCGCCGAACGGCUCAUGCCGGACUUUUGAUGCAGCUGCCGACGGCUAUGCCCGAGGAGAAGCUGUCAAUGUUGUCUAUGUCAAACGACUGAGCGAUGCCAUUCGAGACGCCAAUCCGAUUCGUGCCGUUAUUCGGGGAACAUCAUCCAACGCAGACGGCAAAACACCGAGCUUGACAAUCCCGAGUUUCGAAAGUCACGAAGCGAUGAUCCGUCGUGCCUAUAGCAUGGCAGCGAUUAGUGCAUCGGAUAUUGCCCUGACAGGAUUCGUGGAGUGUCAUGGCACCGGUACUCCCGCGGGCGAUCCCAUCGAAACGAGAGCCAUUGCAAAGGUGUUUGGUGACUCUGGAGUUCACAUCGGUUCUUGUAAGCCCAACAUUGGUCACUCAGAGGGCGCUUCCGGCAUCACAUCGCUCAUCAAGUCCAUCAUGGCCUUAGAGCACAGGACUAUUCCCCCUAAUAUCAAGUUUGAUCAUCCUAAUCCGAAGAUUCCGUUCGAGGAGAAGAAUCUCACAGUUCCAACUGAGCCAAUACCCUGGCCUGAAGACAGAAUUGAGCGAGUAUCUGUCAACUCUUUUGGAAUCGGAGGUGCCAAUGCACACGUCGUGAUCGAGUCUGCGGCGAGCUUUCUUGGUCGCUUUGGACGCCCAUCUGUUCCAAACUCAAUGUCAAGCAUUUGGGACCAGGCACAGUUCAUGGCAUACUCUGCCAACACGGCCGAUUCAUUGAGACGACAAGUUGUCAACAAUCAAAAGUAUAUCGCCGAACAUCCGGAUUCUCUCAACGAUAUAGCGUACACCCUCGCCACCCGCCGCAGUCACCUACCGUACCGGGCAUUUUCAAUCAUGGGAAACGGGGUCGAGCUCAGUACGUCGACAUUUGCGAAGUCACCCAGCACACCUGCGGAUCUCGCUCUUGUAUUCACUGGUCAAGGAGCUCAGUGGCCAGGCAUGGCGCUAGAGCUAAUGUUGAGCAACCGAGUAUUCGCACAAUCGAUUCGGCAUAUGGACAAAGUCUUGAGUCUGCUUCCGGAUGGGCCGUCAUGGACUUUGAUGGAUGAGCUUCACAAGCCAAAAGAGUCGAGUCGUCUGCACGAAGCCUGUAUCUCUCAGCCGCUUUGCACUGCUGUACAGAUUGCCCUAGUAGAUACCCUCCGAGCCACAGCGAGCAUUAAACCGUUUGCUGUCAUCGGCCACUCUUCUGGAGAGAUGGCUGCUGCUUAUGCUUGCGGGAAGCUGACAUCGAACGAGGCGAUUGCAGCGGCAUACUACCGCGGAGUCGUCUCAUCAGAAGUCACCAAGUCGGGUGCCAUGGCUGCAGUAGGCAUGGGUCGAAUUGAUGUAACUCCGUUCCUGCGACCAGGCGUCGGGAUCGCUUGCGAGAACUCGCCUUCAAGUGUUACAAUUUCUGGCGAUAGUCAUCUCGUUGAGGCAGUUCUCACACAGAUUCGGGCGGCAAAGCCCGAGGCCCUCGCUCGUCUACUCAAGGUCGACACCGCAUACCAUUCUCACCAUAUGCAGGAAGUGGGAGAUCGAUACCUCACUUUGACAUCUCCUCAUAUUGACGCCUCAAAGUCUACGGCCACAUCUUCUCCUGCAAUGUUCUCUUCAGUGACGGGCAGUCUCCUGCUUACGGGUUGGGUGGCUGAUGCGCACUACUGGAGGUCAAACCUUGAAUCUCCGGUGCUUUUCAACGCAGCUGUAACUGAGUUGAUUGAAGCUCACAAGACUCAUAGUAGCAAUCACCUAGUGUUUCUCGAAGUUGGGCCACACUCCGCCUUGGCCGGUCCUUUACGGCAGAUUCUUGCGCAAUCCUCCAUGAACUUAUCCUACGCAUCCUGUCUCGUGAGGGCAAAAAACGCGACAGAGUCUUUCUUGGCAGCUCUUGGACAACUCUGGCAACUCGGCAUGGAAAUUGACUUCAACCUUCUCACCAAUCCCGAACAAACUGCCAAUGUGGUAGCAGACAUGCCCUCAUAUCCAUGGCAUCAUGAUCACUCGUUGCUCUUUUCAAGUCGCAUUUCCGAUGAAUGGCGGUACCGAAGGUUUCCAAAACACGAGAUUCUCGGCAUAAGGGUCCCGGAAAGCAGUCUCAAUGAGCCGGUGUUUCGCAACAUGUUGUCCUUGGACCAUGUACCAUGGAUUUCCGACCACAACAUCAAGGGCAACGUCAUCUUUCCAUGCGCAGGCUACAUUGGUAUGGCUGGGGAAGCUGCAAGGCAACUCAGCACGGAAAGCUUCGCCGGCUACUCCAUGCGCAACAUUGUCAUUGACAUGGCAAUGGUCUUGAGUGCGAACAAAGCAACAGAAGUCAUUACGAGCCUCCGGAAAGAGAAGCUUACAGACAGCCUCGAUAGUCCUUGGUGGGAUUUCACAGUUACCUCCUUCAAUGGCUCCACUUGGAUGAAGCAUUGCAGCGGGCAAGUCAAAGCUCUUGAAGACAAGGCUCAAGCCUUGAAGAGACCUCUUCGGGACCUUUCGCGCGAUGUUAAUUCUGGCAGAUGGUACCAAGCUCUUCGCAAUGUCGGCGCCAACUACGGCCCUUGCUUUCAAGGCUUGUCGGACGUCACUUGCUCUCCGACAGAGAAUGUGUCUGCUGGUACAGCAACACAUACCAUUCAAAACGACUCCCACUACGCAAUUCACCCAACGAAAGUAGACUUCUUUCUCCAAUUAUUCAGCGUUGCUGCAAUGAAGGGCAUUGGCCAUAAACUCAACAUCAUGAACGUCCCGACAUUCAUCGAAGCCCUUGAUCUUUACGAUUGUGAUUCUGAGGUACGGAUGGAGGUCGAGGCAACUCAGACCCCACGAGGAUUGCUUUUUGGAAGGGGAUUUGGCCUUGAUUCUGAAGAAGGAAUGGCCCUCUCACUCAAGGGAGUAAAACUAAGUCCGCUUGAAAACGACGUAGCGGAAGAAGAUAUCGAUCCUCAUGCAGGAGCAAGGAUUUUCUGGCAGGCGGAUAUCAAUUUCCUCAAGAUCUCGGACCUGAUUGAGCCUCAUUCUCAACAGAAAACCUUCAGCCGUACCCGAGAUCUCACGCUGUCUUAUAUCAAGGAGGCCUUGAGACGAUUAGAGGGUGUGGUGAGUGUGCAGCCGCAUCUAUCAAGAUUCCACGCUUGGAUGCAACAGCAACCAGUACUACCAGAUGUUCGAGAUCUAAACAGUAAUGGCAUUGAUUUGGGUCUUUUUGGUCCUCUCGAUGUUGCGAUGCGUGUCGUUCUGGAACACAUUGGUCCGAUUUUCAGAGGCGAAACCGAGCCUCUCGAGGUUUUGUUGCCGAACAAUAUCUUGACCUCUGUCUACGACUCCUUGAACAUCACAAACAGGGGACCAUUCUUCCGAGCACUUGGCCACUCAAAGCCAAAUCUCAGAAUCUUAGAAGUUGGCGCUGGGACGGGUGGAACUACAAGCAAAGUUCUUGACUGGCUGAGAGGACCGACAGGCGCACCGCUGUAUUCCGAAUACACAUAUACCGACAUUUCUGCCGGGUUCUUCUCGGCUGCGAAAGAAAGAUUUAGUUCCUCUUCGAACAUGUCUUUCAAGGUGCUUGACAUAUCCAAAGACCCAACCGAGCAAGGUAUUGAGCCUGGGACUUAUGACUUGGUGGUUGCGGCCAACGUUCUUCAUGCUACUCCAAGUCUGAGGGAGACUCUAGUCAACGUCCGCAAACUUCUGCAGCCCCAAGGGAGGCUAUACAUGGAGGAGUUGUCAUACGAUGCCUUACCGCUCAAUUUCGUCAUGGGUGUUCUUCCAGGCUGGUGGCUUGGAGUUAAGGACCAGAGACCAGACCAGCCACAUGUUUCGCCGGAGCGUUGGGAAGUAGAACUCAGGAAUGCUGGGUUCGAUGGCCUCGAGGACGUUGCCUAUGACUCCGACCGUCCGAACAACUUGCUUGCUUUCAUGAUAGCCAGGCCUAUGCCAGCCGCCACUACUCCCAGAGGUGUCACGAUAUUGCAUGACUUAACUUCUUUGGGCUUCGGAAAAACCCUGCGAGACGUUCUGACGGGAAAAGGCUCGCCGAGUGUGACUCUACACGACAUCUCGGAGGGUCUUCCAUCUGAACCACACGACUUCAUCUCGGUGCUUGAUCUUGAGACGCCAUUCUUCGAUGGUAUCAGCCCGGAGGCAUUCAAUAAGUUCCGUGGACUAGUCACACAGGCUUCGAAUCAACAGGCUAGAAUCCUUUGGCUUACCGGCUCUUCUCAACUCAAGUGCUUCGACCCACGAUGGGGGCAGACUAUCGGCGCUGCACGAUCUAUUAGGAAUGAACUGAGCUUAGACUUUGCAACUUGUGAGGUCGAGAAGAUCAACCCGUCUUCGCUCAGCGCUAUCUCGCAGGUUAUAGACAAGUUCCAGAGAGCUCGCUAUGGGACACGAAGCUCGUCGGAGUACGAGUACAGCAUAUUGGACGGGACCGUACACAUUCCCAGAUUAUAUCCCAUCAAUAUCAAGGAUGAAUUGCAAGCGUGUCUUUCAGAUCCUGUCGACUUGAUUCAUGAUCUACGCAUCGGUAGAUAUGGUCGUCUAAACACGCUUGACUGGUUACCAAAGGCAAAACAGCCAUUGGGGGGUGAUCAUGUGCUUAUUGAAGCCAAAGCCGUCGGCAUGAACUUCAAGGACGUUCUCAUAGCCAUGGGCAUCGUCGACUCAACCAUGAGCAGUCUCGGUCUAGAAGCCGCUGGAAUAGUCCGCGAGACUGGACCCGACGUUACGACUCUUGUCCCCGGCGACAAAGUCUGUGUCUUUGGCGGCGGCUGCUUCUCCACUGGCAUCACAAUCUCGGAGAAGUUAUGCGUCAAGAUUCCAGACUCGUUGGCAUUCCAAGAUGCUGCUACCAUGCCAUGCGUAUUUUCGACUGUUAUUCACGGCCUACUUGACAUUGGUCGUCUCACUGAGGGAGAUUCCAUCUUGAUUCACUCUGCUUGUGGAGGUGUCGGCCUUGCGGCAAUCCAGAUCUGCAAGAUGGUGGGUGCAGAAAUCUACUGCACCGUCGGGAGUGAUGAAAAGGUGCAAUACCUUGAGUCGACAUAUGGAAUUCCCAGAGACCGAAUCCUCAAUUCUCGGAACGAUUCUUUCCUUGUGGGCAUCAAGGACUUGACUGGCGGUCGGGGUGUGGAUAUUGUGCUCAACUCUCUCAGCGGAGAGCUGUUACAUGCCUCAUGGAACUGCGUUGCGGAAUUCGGUAAGAUGAUCGAGAUUGGGAAACGUGACUUCAUCGGGAAUGGCAAGCUCGCACUAAAUGUUUUCGAGCUUAACCGGAGUUAUCACGGGGUUGAUCUUGGACAUCUGAUCGAAAUCAAGCCCAAAGAAGGAAACAGAUUAUUGAGACGAAUCGUCGAGUACUAUGAGCAGGGGCACAUUGGCCCGAUCACGCCAACAAAGGCUUUCGGCGCCGACAUGGUGGAAGAGUGCUUCAGGUACAUGCAAAAGGGCCAGCACAUCGGCAAAAUUGUGGUCACGAUGGAGUCAAUGAAGAAUACUCAAGCAGUCGGGCCUGCUUCAAGCGGCCAGCCCUCAUUUGAUCGCGACUCCAGCUACCUCCUUGUUGGCGGAUUGGGCGGUCUUGGGCGUUCAGUCUCUAACUGGAUGAUCGAGCAUGGUGCAAGGCAUCUGGUGUUUUUGUCCCGACAAGGCGGAGAGACAGCAGAGGACCAAAGGUUUGUCGCCGAGCUCGAAGCCCAGGGAUGCUCAGCCAUCACCGUUCGAGGAAACAUCAGCUCGCUAGCGGAUGUCGAACAAGCCAUCAAAGCGGCAUCGCGUCCAGUCCGCGGCGUGAUCAACAUGUCGAUGGUCCUGCGAGACCAAAGCUUUGCCAAUAUGAGCCAUGACGAGUGGACAGCAGCAGCAGACCCAAAGGUCAAGGGGACGUGGAACCUCCAUCACGCCUGUAUCAACGCAGGCCUGGAAUUGAAUUUCUUUUUGCUCUUCAGCUCCAUCUCCGGUACUUAUGGGCAGAGAGGACAGGCCAACUAUGCUGGAGCCAACACGUUUCUUGACGCUUUCGUUCAGUACCGGCAGAGUUUGGGCCUGAAGGCCGGUGUCGUUGACGUUGGCGCUAUGAUGGACUCGGGAUAUCUGGCUGACAACCCUAUAUUGAUGGAGAGACUGAUGGGACAAGGUAUUUACGGCAUCAAAAUACCUCAACUGCUGGACGCCCUGGCAUUGAUUCUCAGGGUCCCCGAACCCAGUGCUCAUUGCCCAAGAGCGUCUUUCUUUGUCAACAACGCUCAGGUCGUGAUCGGCCAUCGCAGUCUCACAUCUUUGAGUGACCCGGCGAACAGAGUCCCAUGGAGAGAAGAUCGACGAAUGGGAUACUACUUCAACUUGGAAAACAGUCAGAAAGCUGCAGCCAGCAGUUCUUCGGAUCAAGGUGCUCUCUCUGCAUUCUUGAAAUCCGCAACUGCUGACAUAUCCAUCUUGGCUUCGUCGGAAGCCUCGAAGUUUAUUGCAAGACAGAUUGCGGUACAGUUGUUCCACUUACUCUUGAAGCCGGUUGAUAACGAAGAAGAGAUUGACGUGAGCAUGUCGCUUCAAGAUGCUGGACUCGAUAGCUUGGUGGCGGUAGAAAUGCGCGGGUGGUGGAAAGGGGUAUUUGGAUUUGAAGUUAGUGUUUUGGAAAUGCUCGGCAUGGGCAGCUUAUUAGCCCUCGGAGAAAGAGCAGUGAGGGGUUUGAAAGAGCUUGUAGGGGAAGCAGGAGAUGAGCGCCAGGAGCCCGGCGAGAAACAUGACACUGAGGGAUACUUGAAGCUGAAGAUGCCUUGA